CUCCAUGUGAGUGGCCAGCAGCAGCAGCAGCAACAGCAGCAGCCGCGAAGAGCAGACCAUGGCUCCCCCCACAGGUAGCGUCAUGGAUGGCCAGUCUCGCCUUUCCCCGGUCAACCGCCUCCGGUGGGACCUGACAGCCGAACAGAUCGACAGGGCAACGACGGAGCUCAUUGAGAAGACCAAGCAAGUGUACGAUGUGGUGGGCGCCCUGCAGCAAGCUGAAGUCUCGUAUGAAAACACCCUGAAAGCCUUGGCGAAUGUGGAGGUGGAGUAUACAGUUCAGAGGAACAUGCUGGACUUCCCUCAGCAUGUCUCUCCGUACAAAGACAUCCGCACAGCGAGUACCGAGGCUGACAAGAAGCUGUCGGAAUUUGACGUGGAGAUGAGCAUGAGACAAGAUGUCUAUCAAAGGAUUAUCUGGCUCCAGCUAGUCACACUCGUUCAGUCCAAGCAGCUUUUCAGGUCUGUUCUGAGGAUAACAAUUGAGAAGAGAUGCUCCAACCUGAGUUCUUCGGAGGAAAGGCAAGACGAAAAUCAGAUUGGAGGGCUCCCCGGGGACUUUUUAAACUCCCUGGAGAAGACAGAAGAUGGGAAGCUGAAGGUGACCUUGAAGUACCCCCAUUAUUUCCCCCUGAUGAAGAAAUGCCAUGUGCCAGAGACCAGGAAAAAGAUGGAGGAAAUGUUCAACUCCAGAUGCAAGGAGGAGAACUGCCUGAUCCUGAAGGAACUGGUGGAUUUGCGGGCUCAGAAAUCAGCUCUCCUGGGCUUCAAGACCCACGCCGACUUUGUGCUGGAGAUGAACAUGGCUAAGAACUACCAGACAGUCAUGAACUUCCUAGAUGAGCUGUCCGUGAAGCUGAAGCCCCUGGGGGAGAAGGAGCGGGCCACCAUCCUGGACCUGAAGCAGAAGGAGUGUGAGAAGCGGGGCCUCCCUUUCGACGGCCGCAUCAAUGCCUGGGACAUGCGGUACUACAUGAACCAAGUGGAGGAGACCCAGUACAGCGUGGACCAGAACCUGCUGAAGGAGUACUUCCCCAUGCAGGUGGUGACGGACGGCCUGCUGGAGAUCUACCAGGAGCUGCUGGGUCUCACCUUCCACUUGGAGGAGAACGCCCCCGUGUGGCACGAAGACGUCCGCCUCUACGCAGUCAAAGAUGUCACCUCUGGAGAGACCAUUGGCAAGUUCUACCUGGAUCUUUAUCCGCGUGAAGGGAAGUACGGCCACGCCGCUUGCUUUGGGCUGCAGCCUGGCUGCCUGCUGGCCGAUUCGAGCCGCCAGAUAUCCGUGGCAGCCAUGGUGGCCAACUUCACCAAGCCGACGCCGGAUGCUCCUUCCCUGCUGCAGCACGACGAGGUGGAGACGUAUUUCCAUGAGUUCGGACAUGUCAUGCACCAGCUGUGUUCGCAGGCUGACUUCGCUAUGUUCAGUGGGACCCACGUGGAGCGGGACUUUGUAGAGGCUCCAUCCCAGAUGCUGGAGAACUGGGUGUGGGAAAGGGAACCGCUGAUGCGCAUGUCCAAGCACUACAAGACGGGCAAACCCAUCCCUGACGAACUUCUGCAGAAGCUCAUUAAGUCUCGCCAGGCCAAUACCGGGCUCUUCAACUUGCGGCAGAUCGUUCUGGCUAAAGUGGACCAGGCCUUGCACACGCAAACGAAAGCCGACCCUGUAAAGGAGUACUCCCAGCUGUGCAAUGAGAUACUGGGCGUCCCUGCAACACCAGGUACAAACAUGCCAGCCACAUUUGGCCACUUGGCAGGAGGCUAUGAUGCCCAGUACUAUGGCUACCUCUGGAGCGAGGUGUACUCCAUGGACAUGUACUACACACGCUUCAAGCAAGAGGGGAUCAUGAACUGUAAGGUGGGCAUGGACUACCGGAACUACAUCCUCCGCCCAGGGGGCUCAGCGGACGCCUGGGACAUGCUGCGGAAGUUCCUGGGCAGGGAUCCAAAGCAGGAUGCCUUCUUGGCCAGCAAGGGGCUAAACAUGGAGCCCAACAUGCUCCCUUCAGCGUGCUGA